CCCGGGCGGCCGCGGCCCCAGCCCCGCUCCCGACACCGACCCGGCCCGGCACAGCCCAGCCCAGCUGCAGGAUGCCAAACUGGGGAGGAGGAAAGAAGUGCGGCGUCUGCCAGAAGGCAGUGUACUUCGCCGAGGAGGUGCAGUGUGAAGGCAGCAGCUUCCACAAGUCCUGCUUCUUGUGCAUGGUCUGUAAGAAGAACUUGGACAGUACCACUGUUGCUGUGCAUGGAGAGGAGAUCUACUGCAAGUCCUGCUAUGGCAAGAAGUAUGGCCCCAAGGGCUAUGGAUACGGGCAGGGAGCAGGGACCCUGAGCACUGACAAGGGCGAGUCUCUGGGAAUCAAAUAUGAAGAGGGCCAGCCCCACCGACCCACCAACCCUAACGCAUCCAGAAUGGCCCAGAAAGUCGGAGGUGCUGAUGGGUGCCCUCGCUGUGGUCAAGCGGUGUAUGCAGCCGAGAAAGUGAUUGGAGCUGGAAAGUCCUGGCACAAGUCCUGCUUCCGCUGUGCCAAGUGUGGCAAAAGCCUGGAGUCCACCACCCUGGCAGACAAAGACGGGGAGAUCUACUGCAAAGGUUGCUAUGCCAAGAACUUCGGUCCCAAGGGCUUUGGCUUUGGGCAAGGCGCCGGGGCGCUCGUCCACUCGCAGUGAGGCACCAGGAGCCGGGCUCUCUGCUCGCUCAGGGCUUGUCCAUACCAGCCUGUGCUGCCCGACCCUUCCCGCACCCACAGUGAGCAUCCUCACCAUCAUCAAUAACCACCCGCUGCUUCACAGCACGAGCCCCUUCCUCCCCACCCUGACCCAGCGCACCCCGAAGCUGUGAGAGUCCCAGCAUCGUCCCCAUCGGGUCCUGCUGGUGCGGGUGCUGGCGGGGAGAUAGCUCACACCCACCCGCAGCGAGGCCCGUGCGCCCGAAAUAUUCUGCUCCGCGUUGCCCAUCCCGCCUGGAUGUGUGCUCAGCUGUGCCAUGCCGUGUCACUGAGCAAGCAAUAAACAUCAAAGCUGACCCACA